GCUGCGGUCGGAAAAUCAUUGUGAAAAUUAAUAGGAAGGAAUGGGUGGGAGUAUGCGAAAAGGCAUAUAAAAAGUGCGUGUAAUUUAUAUUAUAUAGCAAUAAAAACGCAAUAUAUAUCAAAGUGCUAACCUAUGCAAAAAAAAAAGAAAAAAUAAGAAAUAGUGCUUAUAAUCGGAAUUUUUAUUUUGGUGUUAUUGGUCUAAUAAAAACCAAGUGAUCAUAAUUUUCUAUGUGUAACGAAGUGCGUGCAUUGUCGAUCGCUAUGAUGGAAGAACUAGCUGAAGAAGUACAGCUCCAUUUUCCGGGGGAGAAAGUGAAUGCGCCUCUACUUAUAACUAUUUACUACGCCGCCAGAUUGGAUCAUGCCAAACGGCUGUUGGCUGCCACAAAUGAUAUACACAAUAAAGAGCUGGUCAAUUAUUUAGUAAAUUUGAAAUUCGAUGAAGUCGAUGGGCAAUCGGUUACACCUCUCACCAUGGCGGCCAUGAUGGGCAAUGUGACGUUCGUGAAGACGCUGCUCACGCAGUUCGACAUCGAUUUGGAGCGCGAGUGCAACGUCGUCUUCGAUGGGCUGCUGGUGUAUGGCGCAACCGCGCUCUGGGUCGCCGCGGGCAUGGGCCACAUGCAAGUGGUGAAGAUGUUAGUGCAGCGCGGUGCCGACGUUAAUCACAACACAAAGGCACAAUCGUCACCACUUCGUGCCGCCUGCUAUGAAGGACGCUUGGAUAUCGUUAAAUAUCUCAUUGAACAUGGCGCCGAUGUGAACUUGGCCAACACCUACAACAACACAUCUAUUAUGAUUGCUGCCUACAAGGGACACGCCCAUGUUGUGGACACACUGCUGAAGAACGGCGCUAAUCCGAAUGAGCAAGCGCUUUGUGGCGCCACCGCUCUGCAUUACGCCGCUGAGUGCGGCCACCUGGACGUGUGCCGCCUGUUGCUCGACCACGGCGCUCGCAUGCAAAAGAACGAGCACGGACUGACGCCAGUUCUGCAAGCGGCCGAACGAACACACGAAGCGGUAGUGGAAAUGUUCAUAUCACGACCGGGACUAAUGACCAAAGAGGAGACAAUAACGGCAAUCGAGUUGAUGGGUGCCUCAUUUGCCAACGAUAAGGACAAUUACAACGUCACGAAAGCGUAUCAGCACAUGAUGCGUGCUAUGGAAAUGCGCUAUGAGGACGAACAGAAGGUGAUACGAAAGCGCGUCAUGGCGCCGGUGCCGGCCUAUGACGAUUGGUUCGAAACGGAGAACAUACCAGAGCUACAGGCUAUACGACUGAAUCAUCAUUCGAUACAUAUGGAGGCGUUGACGAUACGAGAGCGCAUUUUGGGCAAACACUAUCCGGAUGUGCCGCAGCCGAUCGUGUAUCGUGGCGCUGUAAUGGCCGAUCAAGGACGCUUUGCACAGUGCCAAGUGCUCUGGAAUUAUGCUAUCGAUCUGCGAAUGAUCAACAAUGUUUCUGUGGAACGCGACUUGCUGCGCUUUGCUCAGCUAUUCUCACAAAUUUUGCGCUUGGAGAAACAAACAUUGGAUCUUUCGCUGGUUUUGUCUGUGUUGGUGAAGUGUCAGCAGGAAAUAGAAAAUAAUAAAUACAAAAUAGCGCAUCCGGGACCGAAGGAUGUGCCGCAGAUGUUGGCGGAUCAAAACGAACAGAAUGUCGUCACUGCCCUCUACCUCAUCAAGAUCAUCACGAAACUGUUGGCGCACACUAAUAUCGACAUAGAACGAAAUCAAAUCGAACAAUUAUACUCAACGAUAUUGAAAUUCAUUAAAUGCGAUACUCGCCUGGCAGACGGCCAGACUCUAUUACAUUUAGCUGUGAAUGGCGUAACGCCGGUUGAUGAUUUCUACACAAGUGAUAUAUGCCGCUUCCCUUGCUUUCGCACUGCAUUGUUGCUGGUCCAUGUUGGCGCCUCCGUUACAGCUGUAGACCGUGAUCGCAACACACCCCUGCAUACGCUCGUCUCAAGUAUCCAGUCACCACGCGACAAUCCUCACGUACUAGUGCAGGCCGAAAAGAUUGUGAAGCUCUUUGUGGACGCCGGCGCACACUUGGACGCGGUGAACGCGAAUGGCUUGACGCCAGCAAGAGUCGGUAAUGCAGCUGGCAUUAGUAAUCUGAUUCUAAGCUACCAGAAUUCGUUAACCUCCCUGAAAUGCAUCGCCUCACGCUGCAUUGCCUUCCACAAGCUCAAAUAUCAGGGUUUCAUACCGAAGGCUUUGGAAGCCUUCAUACAAAUGCACAGCGCCGAAAAGUUGUGUGCGUAAACGCGUUGCCAUUUUUGAUUUGCCGAGAGUUGUGUUGCCUAGCGUGAGCGGCGUGUGGCGGUGGAAACGUGCGGCCCGAUAUUACACUAUCAACUUCCUUUCUGUAUAUUGUAAUUUUGUAUAUUUGAGAUCGAAUAUUUAUUUUAGUUAUUAAAAAUGAUAGGCGCUAGUUAGCUAACAAACAAUAACGGUAUUGAACGACGAGUACGCAAUACAUUUUUAAUAGCCAAUUGAAUUGAAUUGAAUUUCAUGCUUAGGAAGCUAUGAGAUAUCUAAUAUGUAUUUGAUAUUAUUGUGGUACAAAACUUGUUUGCCAAAAAUAAGUUUUUAAAUAAAUUUUGUUUGAGACAAUGCAACCAAAUAUUGUACAUUAAAAAUGUGGACUGAAAAGUUUAAUUGUAAAUACAUGCAUACACAAAUACUAAUUAAAAAACGAUAUAAAGCGAAGUCUCCAAAUGGACACGACUUAAGUCUCCUAGUGGAUAAAGAUGAUAAAAAUAAAUAAAAAAAAUAUUUUUCAAGCGAUA